AAAAGGUGGAGACACUAAAAUUAAAGACCACAUGAUUUGUCAAGUAAUCUCAUGAUUCCUUCACCACUACCUUUGAUCUGAUCUAAUACCAAAACUCCUUCACUAGUUUUAAACAGUCUUCUUCUUAAAAAAAAGUUACAUACUUUCUCUGUAAUAGUAAACACUGUUAAAGAGUUUAGUUUCUGCAUCUGAGUUUGGUCUGAUCCAGAUUCUUGCCUUAUGUAUUUCUAAAAGAAUCGCCAGUUACGUGUACUAUACUCAUAUGAUCAGCUCCUAAGAUUUGUCUAGGUUGAUUCAUUCUCAAAGUCCCAACCUUUUAAUCAUAUCUGAGAGAAAAAAGGAAGAAGAUGGCGUUUGUGACAACUGCAGAAGUCUGUGACGCGAAUCAAGACCUGAUUCGAAGUGGUGAGCUCAGAGCUUUGCAACCCAUUUUCCAGAUUUACGGCCGUAGACAGAUUUUCUCAGGUCCUGUUGUUACUGUCAAAGUCUUUGAAGACAAUGGCUUGAUCCGUCAGUUCCUCGAAGAGAAAGGAAACGGAAGAGUACUUGUGGUGGAUGGUGGAGGGAGCCAACGAUGUGCGAUACUCGGAGGCAACCCUGUGGUUCAAGCUCAGAACAACGGAUGGGCGGGAAUCAUUGUGAACGGAUGCAUCAGAGACGUUGAUGAGAUCAACGGUUGUGAUAUUGGGGUCAGAGCUUUGGCUUCUCAUCCAAUAAAGGCUAGUAAGAAGGGACUUGGAGAGCAAAGAGUUCCGGUUAAUGUUGCUGGGACUCGGAUUUGUGAUGGUGAAUGGGUUUAUGCUGAUACUGAUGGCAUUCUUGUCUCUCACGUUGAGUUAUCCGUUUAAAUACAAAAUGGUUUAGUCUUCUUGUGUGUUUUUGUUGCAUUUGGUAUCAGUUUCUAAGAACACAUGAACUUGGUUAUGUUACAGUUAUUACAAUUGCCUGUUUAUUACAGAGCUAAGAACUUACAAAAAAAAACAAUAAUAUGAUUACACUAUGUAUAAGUUUCUUGUGUGGUAAUGAAAGUUCUUCUACGAGGCUUGUUU